GAGGUCUUGUCUUUCUCUCUCUUACUCUGCGGCUUCAACCAUGGCUGCUGCAUCUGCAAGAGUCACCAUAACUGCACUGCUUCUUAUAGCUUUAGCAACGACCUCUCUUCAUUCUCUUCAAGCUUCAUCCGUUGGUCAAUUCGUUGACGAAACCAUCUCUUCUCACAGCGUCGUCAUCUUUUCCAAGACUUAUUGCCCGUACUGUAAAAGAGCAAAGGCUGUUUUCAAAGAGUUGAACCAAGUUGCGCAUGUCGUUGAGCUUGAUGAGAGAGAUGAUGGUUCAAAGAUUCAGGAUAUCUUGGUUAAUAUUGUUGGGAGGCGUACUGUGCCACAAGUUUUCAUUAAUGGAAAACACCUUGGAGGCUCAGAUGAAACCGUUGAAGCUUAUGAGAGGGGACGUCUGGCUAAACUUCUAGGAAUUGAGACAACGGAUCAUGAAGAUCUCUGAAUCAGGUUGUUAAUUAGGGAAAACUCUAUUGCAAAUCCCUGAUUGUACUCUGUGACAAUAUGGAAUCUUUACUUAUAAAAGCAUGAUAAGUGACGACACUACAUUUUGACACAACUAAGGGUUUAUUUAAUGUAUAAUGUGAUGGAUAGUUUUUCAAUUAUCACACCCUUACUCCCAAUUUCCAGCUUCUUUUGUACUGAACCUGUUUGGAUAGGUAUCCCAUUUUCAGAGC